GACGCUCACAUGAUCAGCACAUUUGGACUGAUUCGGAAACGGACACUGGUGUUGUGUUUGUCAAGGUGCACGAACACGAAAGCAAUGCGGUGAGUUACUUUUUUAUUUGCUUUGUGUUAUCUUCCGGCAGUCUUAGUUUAAUGUUUGCAGAGACUGUUUGAGACUGUGGUUCACAUCGCGAGGUCAGAUGGUCAGGACAGAGAGAGAGAGUUCGACCAGAAACGAGUUCACAUGGUUGCUGUUUUUGUGCUGAGCUUCAUUUGGCUCGUCAAUGGAGAGCUGCUCGAGGCUGACCAAGAUGCUGUUGUACCUGGGGACUGGACAUUUCUUGGACGGGUUGGACCAUUGGAAGAAGUUGAACUAACGUUUGCGCUGAAGCAGCAGAAUGUUAGCAAGAUGGAAGAGUUACUCAAACUAGUAUCAGAUCCAGAUUCACAUCAAUAUGGGAAGUAUCUGAGUUUGGACGAAGUCGCUGCUCUUUCCAGACCUUCUCCGCUGACUGAAAAAGUGGUAGAGAAUUGGCUUCGGAGUCAUGGGGUCAUGGACUGUCACACUAUUAUAACACGGGACUUCCUUCAGUGUGUCAUGACUGUGGAGGUGGCUGAAGCUUUGCUCCCUGGCAGUAAAUUUCACCGAUUCAGUAAAAAUACAAAAACUCUGUUGAGGUCGACAUCUCAGUAUUCAGUUCAUGAAGAUGUGCAUCAGCAUCUAGACUUUGUUGGAGGAGUUCACCGUUUUCCACAAAAACGCAAGAUUGUGAGUAAAGGCUGGGAAGGAGCACGUCAAGCCAUAUUAGGCUAUCAUUUGGGUGUCACUCCUGCAGUCAUCAGGAAUCGCUACAACCUUACAGCAAAAGAUGUGGGGACUGCCGCCAACAACAGCCAGGCAGUGGCUCAGUUUUUGGAGCAGUACUACCACCCUGCUGACCUGGCUGAGUUCAUGAGUCUGUUUGGUGGUGGAUUCACACACAUGUCUACUGUGGAGCGGGUCGUGGGCACUCAGGGAGGAGGGAAAGCUGGCAUUGAGGCCAGUUUGGAUGUGGAAUACAUCAUGAGCAGUGGAGCAAACAUCUCUACAUGGGUCUUCACUAAUCCAGGUCGUCAUGAGUCUCAGGAGCCGUUUCUCCAGUGGAUGCUGCUGCUCAGUAACAUGUCUGCUGUGCCAUGGGUUCACACCAUCAGCUAUGGAGACGAUGAAGACAGCCUGUCUGAAGCCUACAUGAACCGCAUCAACAUUGAGUUCAUGAAGGCUGGCCUCAGAGGGAUAUCCAUGCUCUUUGCUUCUGGUGACAGUGGAGCAGGCUGUAGACACCUGACCAAAGAAAGAAAUACCUUUAGGCCAAGUUUUCCUGCUUCCAGUCCGUAUGUGACCACUGUGGGUGGGACUUCUUUUCAAAACCCCUUCAAACUCAGCUAUGAGGUCACAGAUUACAUCAGCGGAGGCGGCUUCAGUAAUGUGUUUCCAAUGCCGGAUUAUCAGGUUGAUGCUGUUAGAGCGUAUCUGAAGAGUGUUCAGUCUCUUCCUCCUCAGACAUAUUUUAACACCACUGGAAGAGCUUAUCCAGACCUAGCGGCGCUUUCUGACAACUACUGGGUCGUCUCCAACCGUGUGCCCAUCCCAUGGGUUUCUGGAACUUCGGCAUCAACUCCAGUAGUGGGUGGAAUUCUGUCCCUCAUAAAUGACCAGCGCUUUCUGAAGGGCCUUCCCGCCUUGGGAUUCAUCAACCCUCGCCUUUACAAAAUGCAAGGCAAAGGCCUUUAUGAUGUAACAGUGGGAUGUCAUCUCAGUUGUCUGGAUGAUAAAGUUGAGGGGAAGGGUUUCUGCGCCUCCCCUUCCUGGGAUCCGGUUACGGGAUGGGGAACACCUAAUUAUCCAGUUUUUCUUGCCUCUCUUAUGGAUUGAGCUGCCGCUAAGAAACGCACUGAUAUCGUUUUACUUAAGCAUCUAAAUAAUACGUUAUAGAAUCAUAUCAUCAAUUCAUAGCUGUCGAUCAAUUAUUGUUGUUACUUCAGUUCUUUUAGGUGAGGUUUAUUUGUAUGAACAAAAUAUUAAACACACCUCUUAGUUUUAAACAAAAAACUGAGAAAUAUCAACGAAAUUUAUCUACUUCACUGACCAAUGAUCCGAAGUGCAAUAUUCUGUAAAAUGCAUAUCAAAGUAUUAUUUCUGUUAUAAACUUUUGAAUGCUUUAAGAUUUAGUUGAAGCAUGAUACACUAUUAUGAAACCAGCCUAAUUAUUGAACAUACUUGAGCUGAAUAAACCAAUGGCCUGUUUUUGACUUUUCAAAAAUUGGAUUUCACAGACUUUGUGAUGAUAUCCUCAGGGAAUUAACAUUGAAUGGGUUUGUUUGUUUGUUGUUGUGGGGUUUGUGGUGUUUUUCUACUAGACAUCUAGUGCACUGAAAUGUUGUUGGAGCAACUGGUCAGACUUGUUUUUCUGAAAGAUGUAUUGCCUCCAGAACUCCCUCUGAAAGGUAUGUGAAUAGGCUGAGGACAAUUGCUUUAUUUGUUUGCUGGAGAGAAAAAAUAAAUGCAAAUUAAAGUUUUUAUUUUGAAAUAAAAGUAA